UGCAUUGCUGCCAACUGCAGGAAAUGGUGUCUCUAUAAUUGGGUGCGUCUCACAUGAAGAGGGACAUACAGUUUCUCAUGCUAAGAUGAAGCUUUGGAACUGGGGAUCUCAUGAUAUGUUUUCUACUGUAUAUUUUCCAGAAAUGAAGGAACUUAUUAGCUCAUAAACAUAAUUACUUAUAGAUAACUUAGACUAUAGAUACAGGAACAAAAGACUGAGAAACAGAAAUUUAAAGACAUUUAUUAUUUUUACCUGCUGCUUGUGUAACAGCAGGAAGUGAAAUUGAACUACAGAUUUAGCAGAAGCCAUUACUGAGCUCAGAACAGACGGGACAGAAUGGCGUCUGGACCUUCUCUCCUGGAAGAGGACCUCUCCUGUCCUGUGUUCUCUGAAAUCUUCAGGGAUCCUGUUGUCCUGAGAUGCAGUCACAGCUUCUGUGAGGCCUGUCUGCAGCAUUGGUGGAGAGACAAGGGAUCUCAGGAGUGCCCAGUUUGCAGAAGAAGAGCUUCUAUGGUUCCACCUCUCCCUAGCCUGUCUCUGAGGAAUGCCUGUGAGUCAUUCUUAAAGGAGAGAAGUCAGAGAGCUGAAGCAGGAUCUGAGGUGCUCUGCAGUCUGCACAGUGAGAAACUCAAACUCUUCUGUUUGGAGGAUCAAAUACCCGUCUGCUUUGUCUGUCAAACUUCAAAAAAACAUGAAAACCACAAAUUUCGACCAGUUCAGGAGGCUGCAGAAGAAAAUAAGGGGAAACUCAGGACUGCACUGGCUCCACUGCAGAAAAAGCUAAAAGCCUUUAAUGCAGUGAAACUAAUCUGUGAUCAAACGGCAAAGCACAUCAAGAGUCAGGCCCAGCACACAGAGAGACAGAUAAAGAGGGAGUUUGAGAAACUUCAGCAGUUCCUAAAAGAUGAAGAGGCAGCCAGGAUCACUGCACUGAGGGAGGAAGAGGAGCAGAAGAGUCAGAAGAUGAAGGAGAAGAUUGAGAAGAUGACAGAAGAGAUAUCAUCCCUUUCAGAACAGAUCAGAACCAUAGAACAGGAGCUGGGAGCUGAAGAUGUCUCAUUCCUGCAGAAGUACAAGGACACACAAAACAGAGCCCAGUGCACACUAGGAGAUCCAGAGAAGGUCUCAGGACCGCUGAUUGAUGUGGCCAAGCACCUGGGUAAUCUGAAGUACAGAGUGUGGAAGAAGAUGCUGGGGACUGUUCAAUACACUCCUGUGACUCUGGACCCAAACACAGCACACCCCAAACUCUCACUGUCUGAGCAUCUGACCAGUGUGAGAUACAGUGGUGAGAGACAGCAGGUUCCUGAUAAUCCAGAGAGAUUUGAUUGGUGGUGUUGGGUGCUAGGCUCUGAGGGAUUCAGCUCAGGGAGACACUGCUGGGAUGUAGAAGUGGGGGGUGUGGCCUGGCAGGUUGGUGUGGUUAGAGAGUCCAUCAGCAGAAAAGGGGGUGUGGCUCUGAACCCAGCAGGAAGAGUGUGGGGUAUAGGGCUGUUCAGUUGGAAAUACACAGCACUGACCUCCCCACUUACAGUCCUCACUGUGCAGAGGAAACUCCAGAGGGUCAGAGUGCAGCUGGACUGGGACAGGGGGGAGGUGUCAUUCUCUGACCCCAGUGACCACACACCUCUCAGCACAUUUAAACACACCUUCACUGAGAGACUGUUUCCUUUCUUUUGUACUCUGGAGACUGUGCAGAUCUGUCCACUGGAGGUGUUUGUAAGUGUUAAAUAGCACUGUGGGAUUGUGGGUAAACAUCAGUUGAAGUAAAAUGACUUUAUUUAUGAAACUCCAAGCAGGUUUACUACAGACAUGAACAAAAUAUUUUCUAUUAUCUGAAAUGUAAAUACAAACAUUCUAAAGUGCUUGAUGACAAAUGUCUGAUCUCUCUGAUAUAACCUCACAGUGUUAUUACUGAGUAAUUACUGUGGUACAUGGUGGUAUUGUAAGUACACUGGUGUGUGUGUGUAAUGAGUGAUUACUGUGGUAUAUGGUGGUAUUGUAAGUACACUGGUGUGUGUGUAAUGAGUUAUUCCUGUGGUACAUGGUGGUAUUGUAAGUACACUGGUGUGUGUGUGUAAUGAGUUAUUCCUGUGGUACAUGGUGGUAUUGUAAGUACACUGGUGUGUGUGUAAUGAGUUAUUCCUGUGGUAUAUGGUGGUAUUGUAAGUACACUGGUGUGUGUGUAAUGAGUUAUUCCU